GUGACGUCACUCUGAGACGGAGCCCGUGCUAGCACUGUGGUGAGAAUGCGAUGGAGCAAAGUUUGACCAAACGACGGGAAGAGUCCCUCAAAUCCCCUUAAAACAGAGAUCUACAGACAUUUCCCGUGAUCGUUAAACGAUUAAUUUGAACCACAGGAAGAACUGUUAAUGGCAGCAUAAUGAAGGCUCAACUACAGAUAACUGUUCUAUCUGCCAAGCUGCGGGAGAAUAAGAAGAACUGGUUUGGGCCCAGUCCUUACGUGGAGGUGUGUGUGGACGGCCAGUCUAAGAAGACAGAGAAAUGUACCAACACACACAGCCCCAAAUGGAAGCAGUCUCUCACUGUGAUCGUCACCCCUUUCAGCAAGUUAAUUUUCCGGGUUUGGAGUCACCAGACACUUAAAGCGGACAUUUUGCUGGGCAUGUCAACUUUGGAAGUUAGCGAGACACUAAAAGCCCACAAUAUGAAGAUUUGUGAGGUUGUGCAGACGCUGCAGUUGGGCUCAGACAGAGGGAGGUCAGAGGUCAUUGGAGAUCUCUCCGUUUGUUUGAAUGGACUGCAGGUGGAUCCAGAGACUUUUGCUUUGGAGGAACAAAAACACACUGUGCAUUGCCGAUACAGCUGGAGUUUCGCUUACUGCCCCCUACUGAAAACAGAUGCUGCUGUAAAUGGAGAACAGAACGGGGACGUAGGAAGAAGUCGAGACUCCUCUCCAUCCAGUGACAUCACUGAUGAUGUGUCAAUGCCUAAUGGUCAUGCAGUGGGAAGUACAGGGUCUGCCUCUCCAUCUGUAGGGGCUCUGAGACCCUUUCGCCCACCGCGACCUCCACCUCCGUCACCACAUAAACCUACGUCCUCCACAGCAUCCUCUGCUGGCUCCACUCCCACUCUCGGCUGCAGGGCUCCGAGCCCAGAGACGUCCCCGCGGGUGUGCGUGAAUGGCGAAACUGAAAGUCAGGGGUCAAGCUCGGGGUCAGAAACAGGGUCAAAUCAGGCAUCCCAGGCCAGCCCAACACCUCCUAGAGCUGCUCUGAUCAAUAACGGCCCUCUUCCACAGGGUUGGGAGCAGAGAGCAGAUCAGAAUGGCCGUGUUUAUUAUGUGGAUCACAUUAAGAAGAGAACCACAUGGGACAGACCAGAACCGCUUCCACCAGGUUGGGAGCGUCGUGUGGAUCCGAUGGGUCGUGUGUACUAUGUGGAUCAUAUAAGCAGAACCACCACAUGGCAAAGACCCACGAUAGAGUCGGUGCGGAACUACGAGGAGUGGCAAAACCAGCGCAGUCAACUACAGGGAGCCAUGCAGCGCUUCAACCAGAGAUUUAUAUAUGGGCUACAGGAACAGCUCGCUCCCACAGCUAAUAAAGAGUUUGACCCUCUGGGUCCUUUGCCACAGGGCUGGGAGAAGAGGACAGACAGUAACGGGAGAAUGUAUUUUGUUCAUCAUCCCACGAGAUCCACACAGUGGGAAGACCCUCGCACACAAGGGUUGUUGAAUGAAAAGCCUUUGCCGAAGGGAUGGGAGAUGAGGUUUACCGUCGACGGGAUUCCAUAUUUCGUCGACCACAACAGAAGAACAACAACAUAUAUUGAUCCCCGUACAGGCAAAUCCUCCCUUGAAAAUGGCCCUCAGAUCACAUAUGUGCGGGACUUCAAAGCUCAAGUUUACUACUUCCGCUUCUGGUGUCAGCAGCUAGCAAUGCCUCAGCACAUAAAGAUCCACGUCAGUCGUAAAACGCUGUUUGAAGACUCAUUUCAGCAGAUCAUGAGUUGCCAUCCGCAAGACCUGAGACGCAGACUGUGGGUGAUAUUCCCAGGAGAGGAGGGGCUUGACUAUGGAGGCGUGGCCAGGGAAUGGUUCUUCCUGCUGUCUCACGAGGUGUUGAACCCCAUGUACUGUCUCUUCGAGUACGCGGGAAAAGACAACUACUGCCUGCAGAUUAACCCUGCCUCCUUCAUCAACCCUGACCACCUCAAAUACUUCAAGUUUAUUGGCCGAUUCAUCGCUAUGGCUCUGUUUCAUGGGAAGUUCAUCGACACAGGCUUCUCUCUGCCCUUCUAUAAACGGAUCCUGAACAAACCUCUGGCGCUCAAAGACCUGGAGUCCAUCGACCCCGAGUUCUACAACUCUCUCAUCUGGAUCAAGGAUAAUAACGUAGAGGAUUGUGGUUUGGAGAUGUUUUUCUCUGUGGAUAAGGAGAUUCUGGGUGAGGUCACCACUCACGAACUCAAACCUGAUGGAGGAAACAUUCAAGUAACAGAAGAAAAUAAAGAGGAGUAUAUCAGGUUGGUUGCAGAGUGGAGGUUAUCUCGAGGGGUCGAGGAACAGACUCAAGCUUUUCUGGAGGGCUUAAAUGAAGUCUUACCGCAGCAGUACCUGCAGUACUUUGAUGCCAAAGAACUGGAGGUGAUGUUAUGUGGGAUGCAGGAGAUUGAUCUCGGAGACUGGCAGAGAAACGCCAUCUACAGACAUUACGCCCGCAGUAGUAAACAGAUCAUCUGGUUCUGGCAGUUUGUAAGGGAGAUUGACAAUGAAAAGCGCAUGCGUUUGCUGCAGUUCGUGACCGGCACAUGUAGACUUCCUGUUGGCGGAUUUGCUGACCUCAUGGGGAGCAAUGGGCCACAGAAGUUCUGUAUUGAGAAAGUGGGCAAAGAAAACUGGCUGCCAAGGAGCCACACAUGCUUUAACCGUCUGGAUUUGCCGCCCUAUAAAAGCUACGAGCAGUUAAAGGAGAAGCUGCUGUUUGCCAUCGAGGAAACAGAAGGCUUCGGUCAAGAGUGAUGCAUGCACACGACAGCAUGCUUAAUGCAUUUCCCUGGCAACAGACAACAGCUUUCACAGUCAUACUGUACCAAAAGCUGCUGCAACUUCAAAACAGAAACAAGGGAGGAACAGUGUUUUGUGAGAAGAAAAGAGUGAUGAUGAUGAUGAUGAUGUCAUUAUCUGUCGGCUUUUGCAUCCAUCUUCCAUUUAUCUUGUGAUCCACGUCCUUUCUCAUGUUAAUGCUGCCUUAAUCAAUACUCAAUGAACAGGAACGCCGCUCACAUCGACUCACUCUAUGCAGACUGUGUGAUCCUCAUGUAAUGUAAUAAUGACUGCGGCCCAUCUCUACUGCAGUAAUGCACGGAUAUUGAACUUGAAUUUGAGUUUGCAUACUCUCAUCUCUCGUGUGGAAAUGUAAGGAGGUAGUUCUCUGUUUACUGUUACCUCCGUCUCCUGAGAAACCUGGAAUAAGUCACAUUUCCAGUAGGAUUUUAUAGCCAAUGGAGAUCGGUACUGUAGUGGAAGUCAUUUUAAAAAUGCAUUGACUAGUUGAAAGAAAGGUUGAAAUGGGGACAAUUUUAUUAGUGAAACAUCAGCAUAGCAAUAGUGUCUAUUAGGAUGAAUCUCAGGAAACCUGUCAAGAACAUACAGUAUAUGGGUCAUAUUUCACUCCAAAAUCAAAAGAAAGAAAUAAUAUUUUGUACAAAGAAAACGAUGAUGAUCUUUAGGACUAAAAAUAUUUUUUUGCAUUGUCACAUUGUUUUCAGGUAUGUUUCGGGUUCAGUACAUGUAAAGAUCAAUCAGCAGGAUUUGUGGCAUAAUGUCGAUUACCACAAAAAUGUAAUUCAACUCGUCCCUCGUUUAUUAAAAAUCACGGCUCCAAUGAGGCACUUACAAAGGAAGUUAAUGGGGCCAAUCUGUAAACAUUAAAAUACUCACUGUUUCAAAAGUACAGACACAAGAUGUAAACAUAAUACAUGUUAACAUGAUUUCAGUGUGAUAAAAUCACUUACAAAUCUUAUUUUUGUCCAAUACCAGGAUUACAUGUUUGUAAUAUUGGAUUUAACUUUAAACAGACAAGAUUAGCAAGCAUUUUUAGCACAUUACAAUCAUGUUAACAUAUAAUGUUUACAUCUUGACUAUACUUAUGCAUUAAAAUGUUAUGCAAAAAAUACAAAUAAUUGUAGGAUUUGUUGUACUUACUGUACUUAACUGACUUAAAUGUGUGCUGAUUUAAAGUUAAAAAAAUAUAUAUAUAUAUAUAUAUAUAUAUAUGAAAUAUUCCUGACAGGUUUCAUGAGGUGCAUGCAUUAAACAUCUGCUCUGAAAUAGGAUUCAUAUGCACAGUGAGAGUAUACAGCCAUGGGAAAAAGAAAGUACACCCUCCUUGAAUUCUCUGGUUUUACAUAUCAGGACAUAAUAAAAAUCAUCAAGUCCUCAGCAGGUCUUAAAGUUAGGUAAAUACAACCUCAGAUGAACAACAAGACAUGACAUAUUACACCGUGUCAUGAUUUAUAUAACAAAAAUAAAGCCAAAAUGGAAAAGCCAUGUGUGAAAAACUAAGUACACCUUAUGAUUCAGUAGCUUGUAGAAGCAAUAACUUCAAGUAAUCGUUUUCUGUAUGACUUUAUUGGUCUCUCACAUUUUGGCCCACUCUUCUUUACAACGUUGCUUCAGUUCAUUGAGGUUUGCGGGCAUUUGUUUAUGCACAGCUCUCUUAAGGUCCCGCCACAGCAUUUCAGUCGGGUUGAGCUCUGGACUUGGACUGGGCCACUGCAACACCUUGAAUCUGUUGUAGAUUUGCUGGUGUGCUUGGGAUCAUUGUCCUGUUGCAUGACCCAAUUUCGGCCAAGCUUUAGCUGUCAGACAGAUGGCCUCACAUUUGACUCUAGAAUACUUUGGUAUACAGAGGAGUUCAUGGUCGACUCAAUGACUGCAAGGUGCCCAGGUCCUGUGGCUGCAAAACAAGCCCAAAUCAUCACCCCGCCACCACCGUGCUUGACAGUUGGUAUGAGGUGUUUGUGCCGAUAUGCUGUGUUUGGUUUUCCAAACGUGGCGCUGUGCAUUAUACCCAAACAUCUCCACGUUGGUCUCGUCUGUCCAAAGGAUAUUGUUUCAGAAGUCUUGUGGUUUGUUCAGAUGCAACUUUGCAAACCUAAGCCGUGCUGCCAUGUUCUUUUUAGAGAGAAGAGGCUUUCUCCUGGCAACCCUUCCAAACAAACCAUACUUGUUCAGUCUUUUUCUAAUUGUACUGUCAUGAACUUUAACAUUUAACAUGCUAACGGAGGCCUGUAGAGUCUGAGAUGUAACUCUUGGGUUUUUUGCAAUUUCUCUGAGCAUUGCACGGUCUGACCUUGGGGUGAAUUUGCUGGGACGUCCACUCCUGGGAAGAUUGGCAGCUGUCUUGAAUGUUUUCCACUUGUGAAUAAUCAUUCUCACUGUAGAAUGAUGGACUUUAAAUUGUUUGGAAAUGGCCUUAUAACCCUUUCCAGAUUGAUGGGCAGCAACAAUUGCCUCUCUAAGAUCAUUGCUGAUGUCUUUCCUCCUUGGCAUUGUGUUAACACACACCUGAAUGCUCCAGACCAGUAAACUGCUAAAACUUCAGCUUUUAUAGAGGUGGUCACACUUGCUGAUUAUCAAUUAAUCAAGGGGAUUUGAUUAGUAGCACCUGGCUACUACUUAGCCUCUUAAUUCCUAUGGAAGCAGUAAGGGUGUACUUAGUUUUUCACACAUGGCUUUUCCAUUUUGGCUUUAUUUUUGUUCAAUAAAUCAUGAUACGGUGUAUCGUGUCAUGUGGUGUUGUUCAUCUGAGGUUGUAUUUACCUAAUUUUAAGACCUGCUAAGGACCAGAUGAUUUUUAUUAUGUCCUGAUACGUAAAACCAGAGAAUUCAAGGAGGGUGUACUUUCUUUUUCCCAUGACUGUAUAUAGUUUAAAGGUUCUCAGAAAACAUCCCAUCUUGUUUGCAAAGAUGCACAUCAGUCAUUGUUCUCAUACUGAUUUUCCCACCAAUCUGAGUUCACAAACUACAUGCUUACUAGAGAGAGAAGUUUAGUGUGAUCACAUUUGCAGCCAGAUUUCUCCAUCCUUUCAGGCAGAUUAUAUACUUAAAGAAAAUUAGUCCACUAAAAUCACAAAUUACUAGGAGGCCUGCAUACAAGAAAUGCGCUUUACUUUGGGAAAGAAAGGAAGAAAUGUAUGUGUGCGUUGUAGUAUUUUUAAACUUUUUGGUGAACAACAUUUGCCGAGGUAUAAAGAGUAACAUGCAAUUGUACAAACGGAGUCGAUUUUGACAUAAGAUUUUAACAAGCAACCCACACAAACAGCACAGACUGUGAAUUCUGAUGAUUCAUUUACACAGGAUUUGUAAUAUGUUGUGUUGUGAUAACUCUACUGGGGUUUUAUUUGUCCUCCAAAGUAAAUGAGUACAUAUCAAACUGAAUUGAAGUGUUUGGUGAAUAAAAGUCUAUUGCAGCAAACUUGUGUGUAAAAUAAAACUAUUGCUACAGGGCACUUUAUUGUAGGGUGUAUUUAAACAAACUGAUGACAUGUAAAAUAAACCAACAGACUGAUAAAAGUCAGCUUAUGCCCCUUGUCUGAUGUUAUGUUGUUAUGUCUUAAAACAUUUCUUAGCUAUGAAUAUGUAAAGGCCAGAAGAAUGGCUUACCUCUUUAUUUUCUUAACAUUGUUUAGUCAUGUAAGAGAUAACCUGUGAUCUAUAACAUAUUAAUAUUGAAUAGGCUGGGGUUAAUCAUUUGGAUUAUAUUUAUUUUUCUUACGUGAACGUGUACAGUUGGAUGAUUAAUAUAAACAUUCCAAUUUAUUCUCCGCUGAAGGAAUAAUAAAAAAUAAAAAAAAAAUAAGAAUGAUAUUGUGUGUUUUGUUCAUUUUUUUUUUUUCUGUAGAAGGGUCAUUUGAAGAAUGUGGUUCAUUUUAUUUUGUUUUAAUUUUAUAGAUUUUUUUCAUGAAAAACAAAUAGACAAUGGAACAUUAGUUACAUGUAGAAUUAUU